AUGGGUUUGUCCGAAUGUUUUGGUCGCGAUCGAGUUUUUAAUACGCCUCUUUCGGAGCAAGGGAUUGUAGGGUUUGCUAUUGGUGUUGCUGAUAUUGGUCAUACGGCAGUUGCUGAGAUUCAAUUUGCUGAUUAUAUCUUUCCUGCUUUCGAUCAGAUCGUAAACGAGGCUGCCAAAUACAAUUAUCGUUCAGCUGGUCAGUUUCAUGUAGGAAAACUUACCAUUAGAGCUCCUUGUCAGAGCGUAGGUCAUGGCGCUUUAUACCAUUCCCAGAGUGUCGAACAGUUCUUUAUGGCUGUUCCGGGUUUGAAGGUGGUUGUUCCAAGGAGUCCUGUUCAGGCUAAGGGAUUGCUUAGGGCGAGUAUUGUUGAUUCUAAUCCUGUUGUGUUUUUGGAACCAAAGUUUUUAUAUAGGAGUAGUGUAGAAGAGGUUCCUGUGGAUGAUUUUAUUCUUCCUCUUUCCGAGGCAGAGGUGGUUAAGGGUGGUGAUCAUAUCACUUUGCUUAGUUGGGGUGGACCCUUGUAUGCUUGUGUGCAAGCACUUGAGCUUCUUGCAAAUCCGCCGAGGGAGAUUGCAAAGCAUGUUCCUCAGGCUGUGAGAAGUGCAAAUGUGGAACUGAUUGAUCUUCGAACAAUUCUUCCUUGGGAUAGGCAAACUGUUAUUCAAUCGGUUGCAAAGACGGGAAGGUGUAUUGUAGUACAUGAAGCUCCUGUUACAGCAGGAGUUGGCGCUGAGAUCGCAGCAGAAGUACAGAAGUCUUGUUUCUUGAAUUUGCAAGCUCCAGUAAUCAGGCUAGGUGGUUGGGAUACUCCUUUUCCUCAUGUUGGAGAAUUGUUUUAUAAACCAGAGGCCAUUAGGAUUCUCGAUGCUAUCAUUACCAGCUUGACUUACUAA